AUGAAACGCAUGGACACUAUCGAGGCGCAGACCCAAUCCCUGGAAGAAUUUGCGCUGAAGGAGCCAGAGAAAGUUCCUGCACUGGUAAGACUAAGUCUAGCUCCGGAAGAACACAGUAGACAGACUGUAACAUGGAGCAGCUGCGUCUCGUUAAGAAUGAAUACUGAUAAAUUAUUUGCGCAUAAACUACUUCUACUCAUUAAUUUCCUCGGAGCCACAUGACUGCCAGAAUAAGGGUUUUCUUCUUGAGUGAUUGUUUGCCGUGUUUUAUUCCGUGUGUUGAGGAGUGAUGGCUGCAUUCCUUCGCUCUGUUUGCGAAGAAGAGUGUACUGCUGAAAAUUGGAAAGCUAUUAGAUGACGGGUUAGAUGAAUAGGGGUCGUUUGGAUUCCGGGCGCGGUUUAAAAGGGUCCGGUGGGGGGUUUCGGGAUGCGAACUAGAGGACAAACUAGAUGGCCUCCUCCCCCAUUGGACCUGGAGCAAGCAUCUGCAACCGGGGCCCAUCGUUCUGGCUUUUGGGGUGUCCGCUUUUGGUUUGAAAUGUCAGGGCGUGGGAUAGUUUUCCGUUUCUCCAGGUCCUCACCCCGCCAAGUCGCCAGGUUUUGGCAACCGUCUUCCUUGCCGCGUCUGUUUUCAUCUUUUCCCUUGGCUGUGGUCCUGGGUUUGGGUAAUUUGUAAAUUAGCCACCUUCUAUUCUCCAGUCAGAGUCUUUAGGUCGCCCGGGCCUGUCUCCCUGGUCUCGUGGCCCUGGCGCGGGCGGCGGGGGGCCUCUUCAUUUUGGGCCCCCCGCGGAGCUUGCUGGUUAGCUGCUGUGCCACCCACGCCCCUGCCGAUUGGUCGUUUCGCUGCUGUAAUCGCGCGCGGCGCACGACUCGCCCGCGACGGCGCACACCCGCCCCCCCCGCGGCCGGAUUUUCAUCACAAAGGAAGCGCGCGGCCGCCCAGAGGGGCGCCGGCCCACCCGGCCCCCUGUGCGGGCGGGGGGGCGGGCCAACAGUGCGGGACGUUUGUUUUUUUCUGCCUGGUCGUCCUGGAGGUGGGGGGGCGCGCCACAGUUCUGGCGCUCUGUUGCGUGUUCGGCGAUCAAACCUUUUUCGCCCGGCCCCGCUUCUUCGGUUGCCUCCGGGGAUUUCUUGUUCCCGAAUUUUGGCUUUUCUCCGCUCCAGGGGAGGGAACAUAACGAGGAGGCGCAGGGAGGCGAGGCCGCCGGCCGCUCCAUUGGGGCGAGGCCGGGAACAUGGCGCGGGCGUCGCCGUUCGCGAAAGUAAUGGCACCUAGCCAAAGGCGCAGCGGCCGCCCUCGCAUGAUAUUGGGGCGCGCGACGGCAGGCCAAGGAAGCAUACACGCACACGAGCCGACUUUCAGGCGACCUGCCCGGCGCCCUCUGGCUGGGCGAGCGCUCCGGGCGCAUUGACUGGGAAGCGUGCGGCCACGCGGUUGCGCCAAGAUUGCGCCACCCUGCCUGGGAAAGGCGCGCACGAGGGUCACUUGCGUGCAUUCCAGGCUUUUUUUUGCCGGUGCCAAAGGCCCGCGUCGACCUUUACUUCGCCGCGGCCAGGUGUGUCGUAUCCCGUUUUCUCAAACACCCGCUUUCCGGCCACUGCGGGGCCGCCCCCUGGCGGUCGUUCCCGCGAGUGGUCGCGGCACCGUGGCGAAGCUUUUCUGGGCUCCGUAAAGAAGUAUCGGCCCGGGCGUAUUGCCUUAUUUUCCCAAUGGCGCCGCCUGUGGAUCCUAGUCGAGCUCGUCAAUUUUUGUUCGCCAUCGGUCAAUUUCGUCAUCGCCAGGAGCUCGUUCUCGUGAAAUGAAUCCGGCGUUUUUGAAAAUGAAUCACCCGAAGUUAGUACUUCAAUACCUUAUCUUAACCUUUCCCUCAUCUAAUACCGUACCCCCCAACUGCAUUCCUUCGCUUUGUUUGCGAAGAAGAGUCUACUGCUGAGCCCUGAAGAUCGUCUACCCAUCUACUUGCUUCUCUUCAGGCCAAGGACCUCGCCAUCGCCGUGGAGGAGUUUGCAAAGGAAAUGAUUCAGCACCUGAACGAGGAGGAAAUGGCGAUCGUGCCGUUGCUAAGCAUUGCAAAAACGUCUGGCUCCGCCGGGUCACGGCUUGUUACGAGAUUCGAACCACCCGACACAGAUCUGCAAUCCACGAAACGGAAAGAACGAAGAUGUGCCUUGUUUUGUCAAAUGGCAAGCCUGUCUGCCACACGACUUACGUGUCAUUUCGCAAAAAGUGUUCAUUUGUCAUGCUGCCCUGCCGUGCAGGGGACCGGUCGGAAGUGCAAGUGUCAGCACGACCUAUUGCCUAAAGGUUUAUUCCGGACCCAGACUGCUCAGACCUACUCGCAGUCGAUAGUUGCUCCGCGCUCACACCACGCAAAAGGAGGAGGCCAAGACCGUGGACAAGAUCGUGAAGGGCUUGGGACUGGGUGGCGCGAAGAUGGCGCUUCUAUCAAAAUUGAAAAUUAUGCGAUGCCCCCUCCGCAUACACAGGGUGAGAUUUGCAUUUGUGUGGAAUUAUUUGCUUACACAAAUCACUCUGGACGGUAAGAAGCCAUGGUUGGUGGAUGCUAAGCCUGUGCAGCAGGUAGACUCCUAGCUGUUCCGUACGAUAAAUCCUUCACUUCCACUGUACUCUCCCGAGGAGUUCAAUAGCAAUAGAAAUUGCUUGCAAAAUACGACAGAAAUCCGUCGGGCCUCCUGUAUGCAGUGCGAAUUUAUUGCAUACACACAUGGCGCAUCACAAGUGGCUUCUUCAGUGCUAGGAGGGGGUAAUGUUCUCCACAAUAGCUUCCGUGGAUUAUCGACGCAAUGGACCAAUACGAUCCGAUAUCCCCAAAAAAAGUGUGUAUUCGCUGCAGGAGCCUCGAUCUCGAUUUCUUCUGGUUGAUGCAGCUUCAGCCGUAGGCUCUACUGCGAGAGUCAGCCAUCUUCAUGCGCAAGAACUGGAAAAUUCCACUUGAUUUGCUUGCAAAAAUAAAUAGCUGUGAUGCUGCUCGUCCAGCGCGACAGGUGAUUUUUGCUGUUUCGAUGUAUGGCAUCUGUGCAACCCAACACAUUUACACGCCCGUUUGUCACACGUAUAAUCGACGCCGGAAAAGAAGUUCAAGAAGGAGUUCCACGCUUCCCUGCCUCCGCCGUACGAAGACGGAAGAUAAAGUCCCCUCCGUCCUGUGUAGGUUGUUUGUUUGGUCAUACGCUUAGCCUCUGCGAUUCCAAACCCGUACGCAAAUCAACGUUUUUUCAUCAAGUACUAAAGCGCACGCAGAACUCGUAG